AUGCGAAGUAAUCCCCUGUACGGAGUCCAAGCACACCAGAUCCCCCCUCCUCACAAGGAUCUGACCCCCUCCGGGGUGGUACGCGCUGACAUCAUCAUUGGCUGUCAGCUGACGUCAUCUGCCAGCAGGGCGCCCUUUUUGGGGGCCAGGAGCCACCAGGGGAGGGGCUUUGUGGAGGGUUUCUUGAGAGUUUGUGAAGGGUUUGAGAAAUUCGACCAGGGGGGCCCGCGCCCAACCCUCCAUGCCCCCCCUCGAGCGCCCACGCAUGACCCCCCCCCCUGGCACCACCCCCUCUGUGGUGGUCCAAAAACAAAAGGGCGCAACACCCCUCGCCGCAGUAUGGCUGAAAUAGCAUCCACCGGAGUGCAGAUCAGCCCACAAUUGAAUUCCAGACGGCGUUUCAGCUCUAGGGGUGAUUUUUACGCCUCAACCAAGCAGAGAGUCCAUACUCCCCGGAAAGAGAGAGCUGACCCGGGUUGCACCCUUUUCGGAAGAGCCAUUUUGAGAAACUCGGCAACCCAGUUCCUAGCUUCCCCUUUUUGCUCCCCCUUACGCUCUCCCACGCCAGCACCACUUUUCCGGCGUAGUGCCCCAUCGAGCGGGUUUUCCCCGAGCCUAUUCACAUCGCCCACAAAGACAUUCCAUCGCUCAGACUCUGCCACGUGUCUCCUCAGCAGCUUGGACAUAAACGUUCCCAUCUACAGAAACUCCCUGCUUUUGGAACUAGAGCGGGAGGGGGAAAUGCGGCGGGGGGACGACGGGCGGCCUUGGUCCACAGCGGGGGGGUCCGGCCACGGGUACGGCCGCAGCAGUUCUGUCCCCCGGAGACAAACAAACGAGGAGCAGAUACGGGAUGAGAUGAGCAGGCUGAGAGGGUUGCUCGGGCAGGCGGAAGAGAGGCGGCGGCAGCAGGACUUUGAGAUUGCGCGCCUUCACAGGGAGCUGGAUAACGCUGGUGACUCCCACACCCAGCUGCGAGCGGAGAUCGCCGUCCUGAGGGGGGAGCUGACGCGCGCGAAUGAGAUUUACACAGAGCAGGCUUUCACAUUGUCGGAGCAGGUGCGUGAGAUUCUGGUCCUGCAGCGGCAACUAGAGGCAACCGCCGCGGACCCCGGGCGCGAGCAGCUUCGGACGGAGGUGCAGCAGCUGCGUCAGCUGAUCAACGGGAUGACGCCAGCACAGCUGGAAGACUACGCGAUCGCGGCCCUCCAGGUGGAGCUGCGCGGCGACGCGCGCGCGCGCCCCGGCCCCCAGCCCGACGCCGCGCUGCGCGAGCCGCGCGAGGACUACACGGGCUGCCGCCAGUUUUACCAGACAGGGUUUUGCCACUUCGGGCGCGGCCGCCGCCCGUGCCCCAACGAGAACAGCCACUUCUGUCUGCAGUGCGGGCGAGCGCACGGGACCGCCCCCCAUUUGGUGUUGCUCAGACGGUUGGGAGACGGACACGAAUCGGGGGAGAGACGAAAAGGGGAUAGUCGCGACAUGCGGACCAGGGGGGCCGCAUUGAUGGUCACGUGA